CUCCUUUACUUGCAGAAACGUGUUGAUACUGAAGAGUGUGAUCCUAUCAUGGCAAAAAGGACUUUCAUUUCUUCAAUGAGGAUAUCAUGUUUAAUUUCAUGGAAGAUUUUUUAUGUUUUGAUACCCUUUGUGUCUUCUGUCAGUGAUGAUCAACUGAUGGAACAAGCAGUUGGGAUUAUGAAGAAAUUCCCAUUGAUUGAUGGGCAUAAUGAUCUUGCAUUACAGCUGCGAAAGUUGUAUAAUAAUAGGUUGUCGGGAAUCAACCUCAGAACCUUGAACAGUACCAGGACCAACAUACAGAAACUAAAGAUGGGACAUGUGGGAGCUCAGUUCUGGUCGGCAUAUGUUUUAUGCAGUGCUCAAGACAAAGAUGCUGUUAGAUUGGCUCUGGAACAAAUUGAUGUCAUUAAGCGGAUGUGUAAAGAGUAUGAUGAGCUGGAACUAGUGAGCUCGUCACAAGGUAUUUCUAACUCCACAAAGAUUGCCUGCCUGAUUGGAUUGGAAGGAGGGCAUGUCAUAGACAAUAGUUUGGGCACCCUGAGGAUGUUUUAUGACUUGGGAGUCAGGUAUAUGACUCUAACCCAUACCUGCAACACUCCAUGGGCAGAAACCUCUUCAAAAGGGAUCCACCCUUUGUACGAAAAUAGGGAAAAAAGCUUGACAGAUUUUGGCAAAGAGGUCGUGAAAGAAAUGAACAGAAUUGGUAUGAUCAUUGAUCUUUCUCACACUUCCUUCAACACUUCUCAAGCUGUUCUAGAGAUAACUAAAGCACCAAUAAUAUUUAGUCACUCUGCAGCCUUUGCACUGUGCAAGAUACACCGGAAUGUUCCAGAUGAUAUUCUGAUAAGUUUAAAAAAGAACCAGGGGCUGAUUAUGAUUAAUUUCCAUACAGCUUUUGUUGCAUGUGAUAAAUCCGCAAAUAUUUCUAAUUUGGCAGACCAUUUUGAUUACAUAAAAGGAAUAGCCGGCCCUGAGUCAAUUGGAAUUGGAGGAGAUUAUGAUGGAGUGAAUGGGUUCCCCGUUGGUCUGGAAGAUGUUUCAAAAUAUCCAUCAUUGAUAAAAGAACUAAAAAGUCGUGGAUGGACGGAGGAGGAGCUUGGGGGAAUUUUAAGAGAAAACUUUUUGCGUGUAUUUAGUGCAGUAGAAAGAAUAAGAGAUGAACAGACAUCACAAAAACCAAGCGAGAAUGAAAUUCCAGCUACUGAAUUAAACUACAACUGUCGUUUAGACCUGCGCAAUGUAAAGCUAAAACAUAGUACAAUCUCCAAGGCCCAAGAAAGAAUUCAAAAUCCACUGAUGUUCAUAAUAACAGCUUGGAUCAUUUUCUGUGUUUGUGUGUAAGAAUAAGCAUACAUUUUGGAUAGUGUUAGCCAAUAAUGUAUCUCCACUCAUCUAGUACUUGUGUGGGUCAUUUCAAAGAUUAGAUAGAUAGAUAGAUAGAUAGAUAGAUAGAUAUUAAGGCCUAUGUAAGAGGCUAUAUAAUGGUAAAGUGUGUUUCAUAGGAAAAUAGUGCUUGUGAGAAGUUCUGGAGACAUCAUAAACCAUCCAGUCUGAAUAUUUCAUUAUGGAUAUGAAUGCAAUUAUAUUGUAUAUGUCACAUGUUAAAUGUGCAAUACUGUAAUUAUACUUGUUUUCUAGAAAUACUUGAAUAUGAGACAAAAUAAAUAUAAAUAUAUAUAUUGUUCUUGGUAACACAUUUUGUCAAUAAACAGCAACAUUUCCAUUUGUUACCAUGCA